AUGGCAAAUUCAACAUGUCAUCUUCAGCCAUCGUUAGCUACUACUGUAGCUCUACCAGUCAUCUACUCUUUCCUAUUUCCUGCUGGAAGUUUUGGAAAUAUUCUUGCUGCCUGGAUAUUUUCAAGGCAAGCAUCCACAAAAAGAACACAAUACAUUUACCUGGUAAACUUUGUCACUGCAAAUUUACUCAUAUGUAGCACUAUGCCUUUUCUGGCUGCGUAUUUUGCAAGAGGGUAUCGAUGGACUUAUGACUCUGUAGAAUGUAGAAUAGCAAAUCACCUUGGGACUCUCAUUAUGCACGUCAGUAUGUAUGUUACUAUUACAAUUUUAUGUUCAACUGCCCUAAGUCAGUAUGCCACACUGAAGAAAAAUAGUGACGCACAAUACUCUCAAGCAGUUAAUGAAAACUUUUACGGAUGUGUACUUGAAAAGUUUCGUCAGCCAAAAUUUGCUAAAUAUUUGUGCAUCAUUAUAUGGCUUACUGUGCUCUGCAUAACGGUAAUAGCUAUAAUAUAUAAUGUCAAGGCAGGGCCUAUGGAAGGACAUAGCACAUGCUAUAACAUCAAGGUAGAAGCUGGUGAAUUUACCUCAAUGAUUGCAGGUUCUUUGGCCACUGCAUGUUUUUUUGUAUCUUUUAUGACAGUUUUGUUGUCAUACUAUUCUCUUACCAGACAUCUGAGUAAAAUACAACAAAAUACUUGUAUUGGAGAAAACCAUCUAAUUUACAGAACAGUGAAAAGAAACAUUCUUGUCAUCCAGAUGCUAUUAACUGUCUGCUUUCUUCCAUAUCAUAUUUUUAGGCCAAUUUUUUAUGUACUGCUUAAAAAUAAUGACUGCCCAAGGUUAAACUAUCUAGUGGAAAUUAAAAAUUUCCUUACUUGUGUUGCUGCUGCUAAGAGUAGUUUAGAUCCAGUUAUAACCCUUCUGCUAGGUAAAACAUUUAAGAAAAGUCUGUAUGGCCUGUUUACAAAAUCCACACCAGAACACCACAAAUGUAAAGCUGAUAGUUUCACUGAAAAAACUCCUGAAAUGUGA